GUUCUUAUAAAUAAAUUGAAGAUUGUGUGAAUACCGGUAUACACAACAUGAUGCUGCUCACAAAGUUUAUUACAGCUACAUCGUUUGCCGUGUUAUAUAGCUGCCUAUUAUUGGAUUGCUCCGGGAUGGAUGUUGAAGAAACUAACUCAGAAUUGGAGCUCAAAGCUGUAUUUAUCAACUGUGACCCUCAUGAUAUACUGGAGGAAGCGGAGGCGGCGAGGCGCGUGCAAAGGGAAGAAUUGUUAACACACGGCAAGUUGGACGGGUGCCUGAAAAAGAUUGGAAUUACAGUAAAGCUCGUCAGUGAUCCUGCCAUGUCGGAGGGUGAAGAGUACAUCCCGGUGGAGCAGGUGGUCUCGGCCGGGGCGCGCGCGCGGCUGCUCAACCCCUACGUGCUGCGCCUGCGCAGGGACCGGCCGCAGCAGGCCUACCCACUCACGCUGAGGGGCAUCGUAACUGUUCAGAAGCAAGAGGAUAACAACGAAACAGGGAUUCGGCGGCAGCGAGAUAUAGUCUUCAAAGAAGGCGAUGAAUGGGCCAAAGGCCUAGCGUAUCUUCAGCAAUGGAUCAACAAUUUCACAAAACCAGCAAACACUAACAAAUCAUCAGAAACGCUAAACAUAAUUACUGAGCGAAUGAACAAUUCAUGCAACGCUGACGGCUUCGAGAAGUGGCAUCGUACAAAACGAUUCGACGAGAACCUUAUAAUAGACAAUACAGUUCACGAAGCCAAGGACAAACACAUACCGAACGUGCUAUCAAUAGUUAAUCGAUCUAAAGCUAAAAGGGUCCCAGUAGUAGAGGAAGGUAUAGGAGUGAUAAGUGUUGAUAACAGGAAGUUUACUCUGUAUGAUAUUGGUGAGCCUGUAGUGCGGCAUACGGUGUCGGUGCAGCUGUUUGAAAGAGACACAGACAGGGAUGGGAAGACGGUGUGGAGUGAUGUCACUAAUGGUGCUAUUGCCAGCGUCGGCCCUCAGAAGCCCGAGUUUGAAGGUUCAAACUUGGCAGUCCAUUAUCGCUCUCUGGAGUGGCUGGACCGUGACAAGUUUGCGUUACCGAAGAAACCUCUUUGUCUACUGGUGUCUGAGGAAAACGAACCAUCUGCGGGUAUGAUAAUAUGA